AUGAUGUGGCUGUUUUUAACAACAACCUAUUUGAUUUGUGGAACUUUAAAUGCUGGUGGAUUCUUUAAUUUGGAGAAAGAAGCAAAUCCUGAAGUGUGGAUGAAUAUUAGUGAAAUCAUCACCUACAAUGGCUACCCCAGUGAGGAGUACGAAGUAACCACGCAAGAUGGGUACAUACUCAGUGUCAACAGAAUUCCCCAUGGACAAAGAGACACUAGGAGCACAGGUGCCCAGCCAGUUGUAUACUUGCAGCAUGCUCUGUUUGCAGACAGUGCCUCCUGGCUUGAGAAUUACGCCAAUGGCAGCCUUGGAUUCCUUCUAGCAGAUGCAGGUUACGACGUAUGGAUGGGAAACAGUCGGGGCAACACUUGGUCAAGGAGACACAAAACACUCUCAGUGAAUGAAGAGGAAUUCUGGGCCUUUAGCUUUGAUGAAAUGGCCAAAUAUGAUCUCCCAGGAAUAAUAGAUUUCAUUGUAAACAAAACUGGUCAAGAGAAGUUGUAUUUCAUUGGACAUUCACUUGGUACUACAAUAGGGUUUGCAGCCUUUGCCACCAUGCCUGAACUGGCACAAAGAAUCAAAAUGAAUUUUGCUUUGGGUCCUGUGAUCUCAUUCAAAUACCCCACGGGCAUUUUUACCAGUUUUUUCCUACUUCCAAGUUCCUCAGUCAAGAGGAUUUUUGGUACCAAAGGUUUCUUUUUAGAAGAUAAAAUAGGGAAGUCACCUUCUACCAAAAUCUGCAACAAUAAAAUAUUGUGGGUGAUAUGUAUUGAACUUAUGUCUUUAUGGGCCGGAUUCAACAUGAAAAAUGUGAACAUGAGCCGAAUGGAUGUGUAUAUGUCCCAUGCUCCCACUGGAUCGUCAAUACAGAACAUCCUACAUAUAAAACAGCUUUACAGAUCUGAUGAAUUCAGAGCUUAUGACUGGGGAAGUGAAGCUGAGAACAUGCAUCAUUACAAUCAGAGUCGUCCCCCACUAUAUGACCUGACUGCCAUGAAAGUGCCUACUGCUAUUUGGGUUGGUGGAAGUGAUGUCCUUGUAACACCCCAGGAUGUAACCAGGGUACUCCCCAAAAUCAGGAAUCUCCAUUACUUCAACCUAUUGCCAGAUUGGAACCACUUUGAUUUCAUCUGGGGCCUCGAUGCUGCUCAACGGGUGUACAGUAAAAUCAUAGAUUUGAUGAAGUCAUUUCCCUGA